CCUUUCCCCUCUCCUCACCCCAGUCAGACAGAAUGACCUGGUAAAACAAAGACUGCAGCAGCAGAAACUGUGGAGACCCGCAACAAAGGCUUUUUUUAAAGAACAUGCCUCCAUUCCUGGCUAACUACAGUUUGUAUCAGUCUGAUGACUCCUUCAUGUUACACCAUACUCCCAUAUCUAUCAGCUCUCUGACCAUCUUCUCCAUCACCUUCCUCCUGGGCCUCCCUGGAAAUGGCCUGGUAAUCUGGGUAGUUGCUCUGAAAAUGAAGCGAACGGUGAACACUAUCUGGUUUCUGCACCUUGCUGUGGCUGACUUUGUGUGCUGCCUGUCCCUGCCUUUUUCCAUUGUCCACCUGGCCCUCCAUGAGCAAUGGCCUUAUGGCUGGUUUUUCUGCAAGAUUAUUCCAUCAACCAUUAUCUUCAACAUGUUUGCCAGUGUCUUUCUCCUCACCAUCAUCAGUGUUGACAGGUGUCUUGUGGUGAUGAAGCCUGUCUGGUGUCAGAAUCACCGGACAGCAAGGUUUGCGUCAUUGAUAUGUGGUGGUAUCUGGCUCCUAGCCUUCAUUAUGUGUUGCCCUGCCUUCUUCUACCGUGAGAUCUCCACAGAUGAAUUUGGCAACACCAGAUGUGUCUACAAUUGGCAUGGUGAAGAGUAUGGGGACAAAUGGCCAGAUGACCCAUUUCCCAGCAAUGAUGUGUUUUCUUUUCAACAUCCUCCCUUAACAGCUAGUGGAUAUGAGGAUAUUUCCACAGAUGGAAUUCUUGGAAUUCUUGACAUGCAUUCUGUGUACCAUAUUGAUAAUACAACUAACAAAACCAAAGCUCUGCAUUCUAGCACACCAAGCAGUCUUGGCACCGAUACAGAUACAUCGAUGAUCAUUACAGACCCUACAUCUAUAGUACUUACAUCUCCCAGAACCCAGCUGAAUACUGCCAGAUCUAGUAUUCUUCAUUCAGAUGGUCCUGCGUAUUUCCCUCCUGGCAGUUAUUCUGGGAACCUCUCUGGUAGUAACAGCUCCAUGGAAAUGUACUUUUAUGGUCACUUCCCUGAGAUCCAACUGCCAAGUGCCCUUGUGUCCAUUACCGUCACCAGAAGCAUCUUUGGUUUCCUCCUCCCCUUUGGAAUCAUGGCAGCCUGCUAUGCCCUUAUUGCCCACAAGAUGCUCACAAACCAAUUUGCAAACUCCCGUAGGAAGGCUUUACGGGUGAUCCUGCUUGUUGUAGCCACUUUCUUUCUUUGUUGGGCUCCUUACCAUGUCAUUGGAGUGCUGUUUCUCCUGGCUAACCCAAACACAGCAUUUUAUGAAACACUGACUUUGUGGGACCAUGUUUCUACAGCACUGGCCUAUGCCAACAGCUGCAUCAACCCACUUCUUUAUGUGUUUGUUGGGCAAAGUUUCAGGGAAAAAGCAUGCCAGACAGUGCAGGGAAUUUUUGAAAGAGCCUUCAGUGAGGAAGGUACAUGCUCCACUGCCUACUCCCAGGACAGAAGCAAGGCUACAAUUGACGAUAUUGAUGUUUCCGUCCUCUAAAAUGAAGCUUCAAGGCAACAAAAGCGAUCCUUGCUCCUGCAAGUUCUUGAUUUAGUAGAGUGGCACAGAUGUGGCCAAUCCGAAUUACUAUCUGUAGCUCUUGCACACACAAGACCAGUCACACCUCAUCCAUUUGCUUUGUGCAGAGGUGUGAGUUGGUUAAGUGAAAGCCUGGAUUUGCACCAUAGAAAGGGAAAUGGGGACAACUACCUACUGAAUGAUCUCUGCAACAUGGAUGGUAGCAUUUCAAAUUUGCCAAUAUUUUAUAGCACUGCAAACAUGCCCUAUAGUAUUAUAUGCCAAUUGUUAUCCCCACUGAUGAAAGAGAGUAGUAUAGCCAGGUGUGGUGUGCCAGAAUAAGCUUUAGUGGUGGAACAGAAAUACUGUAAUUAGUAGUAACAGCUUUGCUUUGUAAAUGGGCUGUGUUCACAGAAUGCUGUCCAAGAAAAAUGGAGACAGGGCUUAAUUUCCAAAAACAAACCAAAAAGAGAUAUGCCAGGGUUGAGUCCUGGAUACUGCCUGCAGAUCUGAAAGGAAAGCCCAUCCCUUACCUCUCAACAAGUGGGAACAGGCCACAGUUGCUCAACAGGAAGGAAAAGAUAUGGCUAAAGAUGAAAGGCAUCUCAGAGGAAGGCCAUGGUAAACCACCUCGGAAUAUCUCUUACCACAAAAACCCUAUGAACAGAAAGAUGUGAAGGUGGUGCUAAAUGAGCACUGCUUAAGAUGCUGGAGAGGGUGUUAUGUGUGAGAAGCUACAAGACCAAGCCAAACAGUAUCUGAAUAAUUUUCUUCCCUACGUAUGCCAUGUGAAUAACAUUACACAUUAACACAUAGACAGAACAUAGAACUUAAAGAGCAACUGGACUGGACUUAGGCAACUAUGAGUAUUCUGUAGUGUAUCUUAGCUUUCAGGACUAUGGAAGAUGUGCAGAUUUCCAGUGAACAUCUUAGGAGCUGCCCAAUUAAUGAAUUUCUUCCCACUACAAAUUCACCAACUGAGCACUUUUCAGAAGCAUUGCAAGACCUACAUUUUACUACUAGAGCUGGGACAGAGGGUUAAGUCAGGAAUGGGUGGGGAACAAUUUAUUCUGUUCUGCUGGGGGCUAUUGCUCUUUGUCGCUAUUUUUGCUAUUAUGUUUUUGGGACAGGGCAGGCUAUACAUGUAUAUUAAAAUUAAUUACUUUUAACCCUCUGAACUAAAACACAGAAUUUAUUUUUUCCUUCUCAUAUACUGUUACUUGCUCUUCUUAGCAAUACUAGAUUGGUUUAACUUGGGAGUACACCUCUCAUUCAUUCUGUCUAAUACAGAAAGAAAAAAAAGACUAGGGUGACAGAGAUCCUGAACAUUCUCUGUCCCUAGGCAUCUCAAGGGCAAAUUCCUUACAGGUAAGACUUUCCAACAAUAGAAGACAACCAGCUCAAUUUUGGAUCUGAAGGGCCAAUAAAGACUACAAUGCUUGUGUGGCUUGUAGUCUUUUUGUAACUCUAAUUACCACAGGACAGGAGGUUGCUUUGCUUUUCCAUCCAUAGCUAGGAGGUGGCAGCACUGACCCUCCUUUCCAUGUCCUUCUGAAAGCAUUUAAGAGAAGCUAGCAUAGCAAUCUCAUGAAUCCUAGCUUGUUUCUUCUUGGGGGGAAAGUAACUACUUUUCUUGACAAAUUAAUGGAAAUUGCAUACCAAGAACACAAAACUAGGAUUUUCAUGUGAGAGGGAGAGAUUACUGAAGAUGUCAAGAAGGAAAACUCUUGCCUUCACUCCAUCUGAAAUGAUUUUCAGCUAAUUCUGCUUCCAGAAGUAUAAAGUUCUCUCAAUAUUCAUCCCUUCUUGUUAACGUUUUGCCUUCCACCCAUCCCCUUGUUGUCUUGCUCAUGUUUUCUUUUGGUUAUACUAUUCUGUAAAAAUGUAUCAUAUACAUUAAUAACACACCACUAUAACAACAGGGAAUAACAGGGAUACAACAUAUUACAUAUAAACCAGCACCUGGAACCUUGGUCAUCAAGUUAUUUAGGAUGGCCUAGAGAUUGAAUCAGGCAAGAGUUGAAGGACUAGCAGCAAGUGAACUUCCCAGUGACACGUCUGCAUGAGCCAGGACAUGGACAAAGAACUAUUAUUUAUUUCAUAUCUAUCCCACUUUCUCCAAGGAGUUCAAAGUCAUAUACAUCCCUUAAACUACACAACAACCCUAAGAGGUAGGUUAGUCUGCAAGAUAACAACUGGCCCAGUAAGCUUCAUGGCUGAGUAAGGAUUCAAACCCAGGUCUGCCUGGUUAAAGUCUGUCAUGACCCCUGAAUCUAGCAGCAAUCCAGACACACCAGUCUGAGGCUGCACAGGUACCAGCAAAGGAGCUGGACCAAGUUCAGGGCUCAGAGCUGGCUGCUGGAGAUCAGAAGUCUACUGAGUGUGAGGCUGUCAGACAAGAGUUCCAGAAGAACCUCCCUUACCACCAGGGCCUGUAGGGUCAGAGCCAGGAUCUCCAUGGGCACCCACCCCUGAACCCUGAACCAGAACCAAAUGCCUCCCACAGCAGUCAUUGGUCCAGUGGCACAGGGUGUGCCCAAAUGGGAAUCUAUGGAACAGAGGAGGAGUGCACAUCUUCAGGCCAGAUGUGGGGUUGGAGGGGUUGGAGCCCAGAAGAGGCAGUCUGGAGGCAGGGGCUUAAAAGGCCUGUCUUCUGUCAACUUUUCUCAGACCAAGUUGCCUACUCAGCUGUAACUGUGGUCCUGCAAUUCCUGAUAUGUCUUGCCCUGUGGUAUCUGGCAUCAGACCAGAACAUGACAAACACUCUAGUCAUUGGCUCGCUUUAACUACUUCCCCAGAAUUGUCCUCUUGUGCUUGAGAUACACAAGAACUUUGCCAUAGCCUCUACUAGGGUCCACCCUUGGGAUGGAAACAUUAAAGAACUGUGCUUGAUCUAUACAGACAAGUGAGUUAUGAAAAAGAUACACACUCUGUGGAAGUAAAAUGACGGGGGGAAAGUUCUAGUUCAACCCACUGUCUUUCUUCUUGAAAGAUUUUAGAAAAAGCUACACAGGGAAACAUAAAAACUGCAUUGCUUCACCUGCAGUUCUAAAAUGGUAUAAUGUAUUCAACUACCACCUUGAGAACCCACCACCUCAUUUUGUCACAUGCAUAGACCAGGCCCACUAGUAUAUGACAGUGAUACAUAAAUAAAGUCUGUUGAUGUGCAUGUUGAGGGACAGUGGGCUAAAGAGCCCUUCGCCUGUGUCUUGAGCUUAUAUUGGAGAAAGUGGCUAGAUGCAGAACAGGACUCCUAUGAAUGUUGUGGGCCAGAUGAGAAGCUCUUUGGGGUUAAAUCAAGACCAUGGAUUAGCUCCUGUCUAUUCCUAAUCAAAAAUCAGCAGUAAGUCAACUGACUUAGAUGUGUCAUGCUCCACCCAAUCACGCCUCUAGCCUAUGCUCAAAAGACCACUUCCCUUUUGCAAGUCAAAGUUGCUCAGUUCAUAGCAUAGCUCAGCAAAACAAUGCUGGGGGGAGGGGGAAGCAGUUUUGCUGUUUUUCACUCAUGACUAAUUUGGGAUCACAAUCCUUGCCUUAGACUGCUUUGAAUGAAGCAAGCACCAAUCACUGACUAAUUUCAAGGUCACAUUCACUGGAUGCAGAAGGUCCAUGAGGUACAGAACUGCACUGCACUCAGGAUGGCUAAGCCAAAUGUUUGAUUCCUGCACUACCGGUUGCUACAACUCCCAACUGUGUUGAUUAACUCAUUCAGCUCUUCACCCAACAGAACUUUCUUAACUGAAACUUAGUGUUUGAUGAUGAAUAAUGUUUGUGUUUAAUCAUUCAGCCAUGUUCAGUUCACAGGGUGGCCUGGGCACGUCACUCUCUGAACCUGUAGAAAUAAUACAGGGUAACCCCAUAUAUGCUGCCUGAACGCCCUGGAACAACAACAGGAUGCAAAUGUGGAAAAACAAACAAAAGGGAGUCCAGGAGCCUGAAAUGAAGUACCAGAAUGAUUCAGAUUGGUCUUAAAACAUCUGGGUAUGGCUGUUUCCACACUGUGCUUAAGAUAUAUUAUUGUGUGCUUCAUGCGAAAAAAAAGAACUGUGCCAAGGAAGUCCAAAUUCUGUGCCCUAGAAAGCUGAUAUGUAAAUUGAGCAAGUAUUUAUAAAAUUAUGUAUAAUAAUGCUAUCCAAUUAAACUGAUUGACAAUAAA